AUGAUAUAUAUAUAUAGUUGUUGAUGACUUUAAUUGGUUUACUUUGUGUAUAAGAUUAUCCUUGUAGAUAUUAUAACAUGCUUUUUAGUAGUAGUACAGGUACUAUGGGUUUUGUUCCUGGAGCACCUGAAGACAAUGAACUCCCUCCUCCCUUCCCUAGUGUUUAUCCUCAUCAAGAAUUUCAAGGAAUUUCAUCUGUGUUAAUGAGGAGAGCCAUGUCAUUCGACCAUCAAGAUUCGCGAGCAGACGAUAUUGACAUGUCGGAUGACGAUGGCUCUUCACAGUUGCUAGGUGAGAAGAAGAGGAGAUUGAAUAUGGAACAAGUGAAAGCACUUGAAAGAAGUUUUGAAAUUGGUAACAAACUUGAACCUGAGAGGAAAAUGCAAUUGGCUAGAGCUUUAGGGUUGAAGCCAAGGCAAAUUGCAAUUUGGUUUCAAAACAGAAGGGCAAGAUGUAAGACUAAGCAAUUGGAGAAAGAUUAUGAAAUAUUGAAGAGACAGUGUGAUAAACUCAAGUCUGAUAAUGAUGCACUCAAGACUCAAAACAAGAAUCUUCACUCUGAGUUGCAGUUACUGAGUCUGAGGAACAGAGAAUCAACAGGAGGAGGUACACCAAUUUUGUUUAAUCUAAACAAAGAAAAUGAAGGAUCGAAUUGGAACAACGGAAGUGGUGAUGAGAAUAGUACGAUAAUAGAUGUUAAUCUUGGAAGAACAUCAUCAACAAACAGUCCACAUAACAACAACAACAACGAUCAUGUUUUUCAAACACCUAAUUUUAAAAUAGAAGAACAAACUCAAUCUCAUGAUGUACCUGAAGAAGGAUUUUGCAACAUCUUCACUAAUGUUGAAGAUCAAACAAACUAUUGGCCAUUGCCAGUGCAGCAACAUUUUUACUGAAACUUUUUUUAUUCAAAUUUUAAACUUUGGUUUUUGUUCUUGUUUGUUGAUCAUCUUAUGGCAAUUGUUUAUUAAUUGAUUGUGUGUAUAGUGAAAUGCACAUAUGUUAUCGUACCUUAGUAUUUUAAAUUUUCAUUAUUGAUGCAUUGUUUUUUAUUUGUUUUUUUGUAAGAGUGGACCACUAGGCAGGACACAUUAAUUAGAAUAAUAUGUCUAGUAGAUAAUUAAAAAAAAGAUUCAUGUUCUGAGCAAUAUAAGGAACUUGUGGUGUGGGGUCAACUUCUCUGGCUGUGGGACCAUUACCUUAUUAUAAAAUUUGCAAACAGAGAAGAAAAAAAAGAUUCUCUCCUUACAUUUUUCUUUAUGUUGCUAUCUUUUUCUUUACCUAUAUAUUCUGUUGGUUAAUAAUACUCCCUAUACUUUCCUUUUGUUUUACUUCAUGUGACAGAUAUUUGCUAGAUCGAGUAUAAUAUAAGAAAAACAAAUUAGAAGUAUGAAGUAAAUAUAUAUAAAUAUCAAAAUUGCCCUUAAUUGUCAAAAAUUAAAAAGUAAUGGUAAUGGAAACGAAGUAUUAAGAACAACAGUAAGACUUGUGAUAUUAUGAUCGAUGACUAUAUUAUGGUAAUGGUAAAAGGCACAUGUUGUUCUAAAUGAUCAAAAUUCUAACUACUCCUGUAUUUAUUACUUGGUUAAGUUUACAGCACUACAGAUGUAUAAGCAAUAGCAAGUGCUGUCCAGAGAGACUUCAAAAUUGCAGUGAGAAUUAAAGGGAAUAUAACUUUAUAGAAAAAUUCACACAAUUGGAUACAACAGAUCAUAUGUACAGAGUCUCUCAUAGUCGAGCAACAAAACAUCAAGGUAAAGAAA